UUGAUUUUGUUUAUUCAUUUAAACCCUGCUAUCUCAUAAACCUGAAUUACCCUACCAGGGAUCGCUGAGCAGAGCAGAUCUGUUCAACAAACACAGGGCCUCUCGCAGUUGUUAUGAUCGGGUGGCUUUUACUUAUUUAUAGUCUACUGACUGACUAUAGACAAAUAUAUUAGCAGGACCAGGUCAGCCUGUUUUCCAGAAGGCUUAGCAAGUUGAAUAGGACUCAAAUAGGGAUUAUUUGUUGUUAAUCUACAUGCUACACUAAGGAGUGGACUGCUUGUGCAUCAUUGAAAAGCAUACAAGGCACGAUACGAGAAGCUUUUUAAAAGAGGCUCCACCCACCUAUAGGCUCCACCCACAAUGUCCUUCCCAGUGAGAAUGAAAAGGACAUCAUGAGUGGCCAAUAUCCAUGUAAUAGUGAUCCCGGCCUGGACCCACGGUACGUAGGGCGUCCUCAGUCACCGAACGUUAAUGAGCUACGAGGGAUUCAACGUGGCUACAGCUCACCGACCGGGGGUCGUCAUGACGUCCAACAACCGACGGGACCGCCCCCAAUCCCGGAAGCUUACUACAGGAACUUUGGUCACAUCCCGGCGACAAUCCAAGGUCAUGUCGGUAUGACCUUUAACCCCGACGGUAACCAGUGUCAAGUGACUGGGCCGUUGCCUCUCUUAAGGAGCCCUAAUAGGGGUGCGGAAUCGCCCCUCCCUAGUGGGUAUGACUAUCAUUUUGAACCCACUCUAGAUCCAAAAUAUGAGUGUCCGAUCUGUUUGAUGUGUCUCAGGGACCCUGUUCAGACGGAGUGUGGACAUCGCUUCUGCUCAGACUGUAUCAAAAGGUGUCUCAGGAAUGCUGGUUUACGCUGCCCAGUUGAUAAUGUAUCUCUUACAGAGGCACAGAUGUUUCCAGAUGUGUGUGUAAGAAGAGAGAUCCUAGACCUUCAGGCAAGGUGCCCAUAUCAGGACUGUCCAGAUCUUCUAGAGCUCAGGGAUAUUGAGAGCCACAAGGAAAGUUGUAGCUAUAGAACAGAGCCAUGCCCUAACCAAUGCGGUGCUUCAAUGAGAAGAAGAUCCAUUGAUCGGCAUGUAGAGAAGGAGUGUCCUAGGAGACUGAUUGAAUGCACAUACUGCAGGGGUCCUCUGUGCUUCAAUCAAAAGGAGAGACAUCAUGCGGAGUGUCCGAAGCGUCCAAUCAGCUGUGAGUAUUGUCAUAAGGAGGUGUUAUCUGAUCAUCUACACAUUCAUCAUCAGCAUGAUUGCACUGAGAUACCAGUACCUUGCCAGUUUGCUUCAUUCGGCUGCUCAGAGAGGUUACCUAAAGAACGCAUGGCAAUACACGUUUCUCAAUCUAUGGAAGCCCACCUGCAGCUCAUGGCUAUUCAUUUUCAGAACCAACAAACUCAGCUUCCACGAACAACCAGCUACCCUGGAACUAGCUGGAGAAUGGGCGCAACGUAUGACAGUCAGAUGAGUGAAUUUGCCACAGCUGCAGGGGGUAAGAUCACGGAUGUUCAUGAACAUGGAGCUAGGAAGCUAGACCCUGAACAGCUUGUGAGGACACAGAUAGGUCCAUCUAAUUACGUGACGUCUCCUUCUGUGAUGCCCAGCUUUGGAUCGGGAGCCUUUGAUCCGAUGGAUCAGUUCAGGGCCUUGAGGAUCACGGUCAAAGAUCUCCAAGAGAAAGAAGUGUGGAUGAGACAGAAGGUGAUAGAGCUCGAGAGCAAGGCAGCGCGUAAAGAUUCAGAGAUAGCCACUCUUAGAAACGAGGUUCAUAGCCUGCAGGAAGAGACUAAAGAUCUACGUGAGCAUGUCGCCAAUGGGAUCUUCGUCUGGCGGUUGCGUAAGUACUCAGAGCUACGGGUGUCGGCGGAACGAGGAGAAGCGAUGGUCAGACAUAGUGAAGGGUUCUACACAGGCUCUUGUGGAUACCGCUUGUGUGUCAGGGUCAAUAUAAACAAAUCAGAGACACGGAAAGUUCUGUAUAUUUCCCUCUUUGUGCACUUCAUGCAAGGGAAGUAUGAUAGCUCCCUGGAAUGGCCUUUUAGGGGGUCAAUAACUCUGUCCUUGGUUGACCAGAACAUUGACCCGGAGUUGAAACAGAAGAACAUCACCGAAAGGUUGGUAGCGAAGAGUAACCUGGACGCUUUCAAAAAACCCAAAACGGCUCGCAAUCAUAAAGGAUUCGGCUACAUGGAGUUUGCUUCGAUCGAAUCCCUGGAAAAGGAAGGAUUGUUCAUCAAAGACAAUACCAUCUUAAUCAAAGUGGAGGUCCACCCACAGUCUAAUUAGUUUAGAAAGCAUCACAGUUUCAUUUUUGAAUCCCCUUUCACAUAUGACGCAGUAUGAACCACUGUGGCAAAAUGAAAGGCCAUGAGCGCAGCACACGUCACCACUCGGUACACCAGUAUCGUUAGCUGCUUCCAAAAAGGCAAUACAAGCUAUGUAUUGUCAAUGGCAGUAGUUGCCUUCUUGGGAGCAGCCAAACAGAGUACUUGUUGGGGCUUUUGUCACGUGCAUCAGUUUGUCUCUCUUCACCUCUGCUUGCAGUGCAUUUAAAAGUAAAUAAUUUUGCCACAGUGUUUUCUUGAAAGUGGUUUAGUGCAUCAUAUGUAAGCAGGGCCCCAUUUCACGAAACUUGUCAUCAGUGACAAAUGACAGUUUUUGUUAUAAGCUAUUGAAAUCCUUGCUUCUGAUUGGUUAUCAGCAGAUUUGUCACUGUUUUUUGUCAUUUGUCAUUGAAAAAAAAGGCUUUGUGAAACGGGUCCCAAGUUUCUUUGAUUGUUCAGAGCCAGGAGGGCAUUAACUCUGUAUUAAAGAAUAUGAGUUAACCCCCUUCUGGUGCCACACAGAGGAUGAUUUGUAUGCAUUUCAAUAGUUUAAUUAUAUCUUUGUAUUGACGCCCAUCAUGUAAUGAUCAAGUCUAAUCAUAUUUUAUUCCAUGCUUGAUACAAAUAGAAUUGAUAUUUUAUACCGGUACCAAAUAAUUCAACCUAUUAAUAUAAAAUGAAAUUUGUUUGCUGUAUGGUACAUGUAGACAUAGUACCUUCAUAGAUGGUUCUGUCAAAUAAUUCCAUUUAUUUUGUUAAUAUGUUUAUUUGUCUAUUUAAUGAUAUUUAAACCAUGGCAUUCAUAAGCAGUACUGGUUAGGUUUAAGUCAUUACAGACUUUUCAAACCCCAAAAACACACAUGAUACAGGUUUGAUAUAUCAAAUCUAUCCAUCUAUCUAUCUAUCUAUCUAUCUAUCAAGGUAUAUUCUCCCAGUUCGGAGGUUGAUUGCAACAUGUUUCCACCCAUCUCUGUUUUCUGCCAUCCUAGUACAUGCUUGCAGUGUCAUUCCACUCCAUGUCUUAAUGUCUCCCCUAGUUGGUUCCUUGUUUCCCUCUUGGUCUGCUAUCUUCUACUUUUCCGUCCAAUAAAUCUUUCAAGAAACUGAUUUCUUUUUAUGUAGCCAAAGUAUUCUGCCUUUAAUAACAUAAUCUUUAAAACAGUUUGGUCUCAAAUAAGCUGUUCACUCAUACAUGUAGGUCCGGAGCAUAUAAGUUUAUAUUUUAUUUACAUAACCAUUAUAACGUUAAUUGUGAAUAUUUAGACAAAUUUCUGUAAUGGUUUUGAUUAAAUUAAUCCUGUAAACUAAUUGUACAUUUACUAAAUUGCAAUAACAUGUAAAAAGGGCUAUCAUGUUCAUGAUUUAACAAUAUAGAUUUAAGUAAUAAAAAAGAGUAUUAAUCUGUAUUAUAAAUGAUGCAAUGAGCAGAUCUCUUCGAUGGGCCAGGCAUUGAUGGAGCUGUGGAACCAUGGAAGUGAAAUUAGUUUUAUGAGGUGGAUGAAAUGGGAAUUAAAGGUGUAGACCAGUUUUAGAAACGCCCCCCUCUCAAAAUAUAAAAUGGAAGCUCUUAUUACCAAUCAUGUGAAAGAAUAUGUUUUGACUAAUACGUGAUGAUACAAAUUUUGCCGGAAAACCGCCUACUAAUUGAUAUAUUUGGUAAAUCAUAUAUCUAUCAGGACCGAAUAGAUAUCGUGCACGUGUCGCGUAGUCCCAUAUGAAUUAUACAUCUUUCUGUGUACAGUGCUUGUAACUUUACCAAGAC